AUGGAGGACUUAAAACUGUUAGUGGAAGCCUGCGACAUGUUAGUUAAAGAAGUUGAAAAUCUAGCUACUAAUGCAACAUAUAUGAAGGAAAGCGCUGCGAAAGUGUACGCUGUGGUCAAACACAUGCGUAAAAUUACGCCCAAAUGUAUUAAAUUACAAUACAACAUGGAAGACAAAGAGGACUUAUUCCGAUAUGUACACAGAUGUAUAAAUUUCAUCGGUGAACUACAAAAAGCAGAAAUUAAAAUUCCUGGAGCUAAUCCAAGGAUUCGGACAAAUGAUUCGGACGCUUCUACAAGUGGUGAUAACGAGGAUGAGAUCAUCGACGUCGACUGAAUACGGCGCUAUGAUGUAGUAGUAGUUGU